UAUGAGAAUUACAGUCGCCGCACCCCACAACCUACGCACCUUUUCCCCCUCAUCCGGUUCAACGUUUUAGAUGCAAUUAUAUGCAAUGCAGCAGUUUUGGGCUUUAGAUUAAGUUGGCUCUGUGCUGAUGAGCUGAUAUCACCGUUCAAUCAGUAUGGCCCCGACCUACCCGCAUCUACCCCAGAAAAGUCAUAUCCACACGCCCUCCGCCCAUCGGAGCUGCAGGUUUCUAUGGUACAUCACCCUUGGUCCGACUUAUUACCUAUCCCUGCUUUGCGAGAUAACCUCCUACGUGCUAUCCAAGCUGGCUUUGACGAGGAUUAUUUGUGUGCGGACAUCAUGCGGGUCGACGAGAACUACGCGGAGAGAGCUUGUCUGAUUGUCUGGGGCUCCCCAUGGGAUAUUCAAGGGUGGGAGGCGAGCAUCCCAUUUUUGAAGAAAUGGGGUUGGCUACUGAAUGGAUGUUCCGAGAUCCUUGUAGCAACCAACUACUGGCGCGAGAGAAGGGGUGAGAGGAGGCUU